UAAAAUGGUUUUAGAAAUGACUGGAAGUAUUUCAAGUAACAAAAGCUCUUCUUCAACGUCUACUUCAACCAAUUUAGUGUCAGAUAAUGAAAUUGAAAUAAAAAAGACGCCAAUGAAAGGACAAGAAAACAACAACAAUAUUGAACAAAUUACCCAAUCGCUAGUUCAACGACUUCAACCAAAUGAACAGGGAAAGAGAAUUAGGCUUUAUAGAAAUGGGGACAGAUUUUUUAAGGUUUUUUAA